CUUAUCCCUAUCCUCUGCCUCUCGGCCUCACCAACUCCUGUCUCAAAAAAUAGAUAAUUGAAGAUAGAAGCGGAAGCACUUAGGACGAUGUCAAUCUCUUCAACAUCGCCGUCUGCUACACAUGUUCAGGUACUCGUAACAAUCUUACUAUUAACCACCAUUGCAGCAUUAUCGACAAAGGAGGAGGAGCCGCCCAAGCCAACGCCAUGGCCGGAGCAAUUCCACUCACUUCUUGUCAUGAACUACACCGGCGAACUUCAAUUGAUAGAUCUUUGGUACGAUUGGCCCAAUGGCCGUAACUUUAACAUCAUCCAACAGCAGCUCGGAAACAUCAAGUACGACCUCGAAUGGAACAACGGUACAUCAUUCUUCUAUACCCUCGAUUCCAAUCGCGAAUGUUCCUCCGCUCAGCUGGAAGUCGGAAUUCUUCGCCCUAAUUGGCUUGACGGUGCCACCUACGUCGGUCAACGACAAGUCGACGGCUUCCUCUGUUACGUAUGGGAGAAGGCCGAUUUCAUUACUUACUACGAGGAUGUUGUCACCAGACGACCUGUUCAUUGGGUCUUCUACACUGGAAGAGCAGCACACGUGAUGACAUUCGAAGUUGGUGCUGUUCUUGAGGAUGCAAAGUGGCAAGCUCCUUGGUAUUGUUUUGAAAAGACUACUCCUAUUGCAGGCAACAAAAUAGAGACAAAUCCCUCUCCUUCUGAACCACAUGAUGCCAAAGAUGGUAAGUCUGAGAGUUCCACCCCGGACACCGGAUCCCUGGACGAAAACAUCGCGGAUUCGUUUUCCCUACUAGAACUCCGAGACAAUGUGGCAAGUGUUGUCUCCAAAGUCAAUUCUCUCGACAAAAUUGUGGCUCAACUCGAUGCAAAGCUUGAUAAGAAGUCACAAGCCUCAACUCCAAACUUGACGUUAUUCUUAAAUCUCUUUCUGAGAUCAAAGAAGUCGGUCCCUUGGAAAUCGAAAGAGCAAAUCAACUUGAUCAGCUUAUAUCUCUCCGAUUUCAAGCAUACCCUGGAGGAAGUUGAACAGAAAUACGAUGAUAGCCUUGAUCACCACAUCUCCACCACCACUACGAUGCUCAAGAUUCAUGACGGCAUGAUCAGUGCAACCAACGAAAUGAUCGAACGAACUCAUGUGAAUCAUGAAAAACAAAUUCAAAGGUUGGAGAAGGAGAUUAAGAAAAGAUAUGAGAUGAACCUAAUCAUGCAACAUGUCCUAAUCAAGCUGCUCCGAGCAUGUUGGAACAUUGUCGAUGUUCCGAACAAUAAAUUCGAUGAAAUGCUUUCGAUUUUGGGCUCCUUGUUCGAUCACCUCAAAGCCCAAACCCCGACUACUGAAACAUACAAAACCGGGCUUUUCGCAGGCAGAGCUUCGACUCGGAAACUCUUUUCUUCUCGGGAUCUUCAGACUUCGGGACUCGCUUCGGGUCUCGGGAUGAUUCCGGGGCUUCAGGGAUACUUCUUUGCACGUAAAUCGAGGUAG